GCAGCUGGCGGCGACGGCAGCCUUCCCUGUCUGGCCCAUGGACUCGCCCACCACCACCACUAAAUGCCACUUCUCUCCACUAAUACCACUCCACACCGUCCAUGCCUCGCCCCACAACACCCUCACCCCUCAUCACCUCACACGGCAGCACCUGCAGGCACCCUCCAGCUCACAAUGAGGCAACAGGAGGGUGAAAUAUGGUUGGAAUAGUUGGGUGUGUGUGGGAGUGUCGAGGCGGCUCCUCGGCCCCUGGGCUCAGUCUGGCCGCGCCGGCCGUCCCGGUCUAUAGUGUCCGCUUGCUCAUGGUAGCCUCAACCUCCUCCUCCUUCAUCCACUCCUCGGCUGCUGUAAUUGCCUAAGACGGCCGCUAAGUCCAUGUUGAGAUAGUGAAAGAUAAUUGUUAUUAAGUGUGUGUGUUGUGGGUGUGUGGAGUGGUGAUGGUGUGGAGGCCAGCAGGAGCAGGAGCAGUAACUGUGGUGUGUCCCUGGUCGGGUGUGGCGCUCAUGGUGCCAUGACUAGUGGCACUCGUCAUGGCUCGGCCCUACAUCACAGUCUUGGCAUGCUGGGCCUCCUUCACCACUGGUGUGGGGGCCAUGAGCGAGAGCGGGGCGCUGGUGGAGGAGGAGCCGUCGCUGUGCGCCUUCUACAGCCCCAAGGACCAGCAACAGUCGCCCAACCUGGUCCAUGACCACCUGGGCCAGCUGGCCGUCCUCUGCGCCGCCGCCGACUCCUGCUUCUCCUACUGGACUUACCACAAGUCCGCCGACAACGACUCCGUCAUCAAGUGGCUGACCCGAGGAUGUUGGAAUGAGAAGAGCGCUAUCUGCAACCAGUCGGCAUGUGUCUCUAAUACCAAACUGCACAACGACAGUUAUUUCUGCUGUUGCACAGGGCACAUGUGCAAUGAUAAUGUAUCACAUAUAUUAGACCCCACCCCCAGUCCAACUGUUACUACAGGUCCCGAAUUUGAUGAAAAGGAUGGGUUAACAGACUCGCUCUUGGUGCUGUAUGUGAUACUGGCAAUAGUAUUUUUAUUGCUAGUGACAUGCAUCACAGUAACAGCUUUGCGGUGGAGGAGAACCAAGCCACCACCACACUCUACACAAGCUGAAGAUCCUCCUAGUUCACCAUGUAUUGAUAUGGAUUCUAUUAAAUUUAUGGAAGUUAUAGGUCAAGGUCGAUUUGGUAGAGCAUACAGAGGUGUGGUUCAGGGCGAGGAGAUAGCGGUGAAGCUGUUUCCCCACCACUACAAAUCUUCAUAUCAAAAUGAGAAAUAUAUUUAUUCUCUUCCCUUAAUGGAACAUUCCAACCUUUUGUCAUACCUAGGUGGGGGUGAGUGCAUUGGACCUGAUGGUAACAUAUAUUAUGGACUGGUGCUGUCAUAUUGCCCCAAAGGUCGUCUUAGUUCUUUCUUAGCAGAAAAUACUCUUAGCUGGUCUACAUUUUGUCAGAUUGCUUUGAGUGCCACGAGAGGUCUUGCACAUCUACAUUCAGAUAUAAGGAAAGGAGAUAUCAUCAAACCAUGCAUUAGCCAUAGGGACUUCAACACCCGCAAUUUACUGCUCACGGAGAAUUUAUUAUGUGUCGUCUCUGACUUGGGAUUUGCCAUUCACACGCAAGGAGCCAAGUAUUUUAUUAACGGUGAAGAGCAGCACGCAGAGACAUCAUCAUUGACAGAUGUUGGAACAUUAAGGUACAUGGCUCCAGAAGUUCUUGAAGGUGCCGUAAAUCUUCGAGAUUGUGAGGCAGCCUUGAAGCAGAUUGACAUUUAUGCUCUUGGUCUAGUGUUGUGGGAGUGUGCAGCACGGUGCCAUGACCUUUACCAGGGCCUCCAAACUCCCCCAUACAAGUUGCCUUUCCAAGCUGAAAUUGGUCUUCAUCCAACAUUUGAGCAAGUACAAGUGCUGGUGACUCGCAACAAGGCUCGACCAUUAUUCCCAUCGGUGUGGAAGGACACGAACCCUGCGAUACGCUUACUCAAAGAAACGAUUGAAGAUUGCUGGGACCACGAUGCUGAAGCACGACUCUCGGCUAUGUGUGUUGAGGGACGAUUGGCAGAAUUACCUGUUCUCUGGGACAGAUAUAAAUCAAGCCUAGGAGUAAAUGGAGUGAGUCCAACAAUGAACCCAAUGUGUAAUCUGGCAGUGACACAGAGACAGGGUGAAAUGUUCAGUGGCCUCGUAGGAAAUGGAGGGAAGGUCAUAAGCAAUGUUAUCACUCCACGAGAUAAGGAAUCCAGUGUGUCUGAAGCAACUGUUGACACGACCAUCACUAUGUCCCCUUCAGAACCUCCAUCUGAUACAUGUCUGGGUAAGAAUCAACUAAUCGGGACAUUGCAGCCUCCGAUUCCACCCCUUCAGCCACAUCAGGGUCGCAAUCCUUGCAUGGAACGCAACCUGAUCAGAGAGGUCCCUCAACAGCUCAGUGUUUCGGGCAACAUCCUUAUAGAUCAUUUGAAAGGCAAUGACAUAAAUUCUAUAAAUACUAUUAAUUCCGUGAACUUGAUGGAUGCACUAGAUGUCCAACAUGCUCUAGAGUCCCAUGCAUUUACUAAUGAACAAAUGAUGCCUUUGUUGAAUGGGCACUCUAAUGCUGCCUCGGUGGUGUCACAGUCACGCCCUGCAAUGCCGCCUCCUACUCUAGUGCAGCCAAUACCAUACGUUCAAAAUGAAGUUCGUUCUAUUGACAAUCAACCAAAGCGGCAAAAUACAGCCGUGCGGGAAGAUGAGAAUCGUGAUCGUGGUCACAGUAACGGAAAAGGUAGUUCGUGGCGGAGAUGGCGUAAUGCAUGGGAGGACAGAUUAAAAUCAUUAAUUCCAAGACGACGGCACCACAAUGGAGAAGAUGAGGAGAGACAAGAGAUAUUAGUUACCCCCACUAGUAGUAGUUUAUCAGAGCCACCAACACCAGUGACUACAUCACAGUCAGUGGCAGUCACAGCAGCAAAUCUCCCCAUGCAAACUGAGGUGCUCCUCACAAAUGGUGGCCCUCAUACUGUCAUCUCCCCAAACCAUGCACUGAAUAUUCAGCAUUCAUCGUUACCAAAUUAUAUAGCUGAAACUGAGAUUGGCAUUGCAAAAUUGCAUCUGCAGAAUGGAUAUGCACCAGUAAUUAGGUCAAGACAAGGAUCAAAUGAUAGUGGACUCAAUAAAUCAAGUGAAAACAGUGUUAGUUUCGUGGACAGUGAUAAUUCUUGUGAGAAAUUAAAGAGACCUACUACGCUUACUCUGCCAGAUAGGUCACGCCAAAGUCUUUCAAAUAAAACUCAAACACAACAGUUGAAUCAGGAGAAUAAUCAGGACACUCAAAGUACAGAUUGUAAUGAAAGUAAUCCGGGAUUGGACUGUGAAGAGUCGCCACCACUGAGAAAAGCGAAGCAGCGUGUCAAAACUCCCCGAAGGCCUAUGAAUCCUCGUCUUUCAUUGUACGAUGACCGCAUUAUGGGAUGUGAUGAGAGUGAGGAAGAUGGGCAAGUUAUCAAGGGUGAAGGCCACUUGGAUGAAACCUUGUCACAUUCCUUACCUCUUCAUAUGGAUACACUGGAGCAGCAGCAACCAUUCCUCACCAAAAGUGUAGUUGUAACAUCAGUUCCCUCUCAGAACACCAGUGCAGCUUCCCUGAGGCAUUCCAAGGUAGCUAGCACAGUGAGCAGCAACAAAGGUAGUAGUAGGGGUGGUGGCCAGACGUCGCUUGGACAAGAGCUUCCCUAUACGCAGCCAAAUUCCCAAGCAGUUGGUGUCCUGUAAAUGUGAUUUAGAAAUUUAAUGAAAGUUAAUCAAGCAACUGCUUGCAUUUUGUUAUUUUGAAAUGUAAGUCAUCUGAUGUAUUUCAGAAGUUAAGUGAUAUAUAAUCUCACAGGACUUUGCCCUGUUGAGUGUGUGUGAUUUAAUGAAAUAUUCCAAGUUAGUAUGGAUAUUGAGUUAUGCUGCCAGUAGUGUGGAAGAGACAUGUAAAUGUUAGAAGAAGAGACAUGUAAUUGUUAGAACAAGGAGCACUGCAUGUCAAUAUCAUAUAUUUACAAGCCAUUAUAUUUCUAAAUUUUUGUUUAUCCUUGGCUUUAGUGUAUGGAAAUACGACUCACAUUGUUUUUGCGUAUUAUGUAGAUUAUUUUUUUUUAAAGCAAGUAGACCAACUGCUUUUCUGUAACCCAUAAUCAAGCCAUAUUGUCAUGAAAGGCGGUUAUGAAGCAAAAUUUUGUGUGUAGACAAAGGCUAAAUAUAUCUACAAUAUAGUGACUUAUACCUUCUGGAUGUAAUUUCUUUUAUACAAUCAACUAAGUUUUAAAAUGCAGACAAUGGCUACUUUCCUUAUGGAUUUUAAACAGUUUUUUAAGAUUAAAAAAAAGAAAUAAGGCCUGUAAGGCUUAACACAUUCUAGUCUGUUAUUAAGUAACUACUUGAUAUGCCUGGUGUGGCUUGACUCAGACCAUCCAAGCAAAGGUUGUCAUAUGUGGAUGCAACUUAUUGAAUGAUUAGUACUGUAAUGCAUCUACAUGGAAAAAUUUGAGUAUAUAUUUUAUUGUAUAAUUGUUUUGUAUUUUAAUUUCCAUAAAGCUUGAAGAUUUGGUAUAUAAUAUUACAUUGACUGUACCUUACCUUGAGGUUACCUUGAGGUGCUUCCGGGGCUUAGUGUCCCCGCGGCCCGGUCGUCGACCAGGCCUCCUGGUUGCUGGACUUCUCAACCAGGCUGUUAGACGCGGCUGCUCGCAGCCUGACGUAUGGCAGCCUGACGUAUGACGUACCAUUGAGUUUUGUGUAAUACUUGGUGUACCGAGGUGGUUGGCCAAGUGUGUACCUGGGUAAAGAGUAGCGGUGUGGACGGAUGUGGCAACGACACAACACUUUAAUGAAAACUCCAUCCAAAGAUGUGAUAGUUGUUAACUUAAGUCUUGUUGCAGUUUGUAAUAGGGAAGAAGCUGCUAUAUUUGUAGCCUUUGUAAACGUGGUGUCAAAUGUUGCUAGAGAGGUCUAAGUCAAGUCAUUACUAGGAGUUGGUUAGGAUUUGCCUUUUCUUUCAUUGGUUUAAUUUCCAAUUAGGUAUUAUGUAUUUACAACAUAUAUUUUAUUUUUCAUAUAUUUUUUUAUAUGAGGAUUUAGAGAUAUUACUCCCUGUAUGAAUACUGGCAUAGGUGUGUGUGAUUAAUAUUGAAGUUCAAUGUUAAUGAAGCAGACUUUUAUCUUCAACUAGACAGUGGUGGAUAUUAUUGUUAUUAAUUGUAGAUAACAAACUGUUUUUCUUUUGAAAUUCAAAUACUCUGAAACCUUAGACUGAAAUUGACUAUGGUUGUAAAUUACAAUGCUAGAUGUAAAAUAAUAAUAAAAUGCUUCUGCUUGCAAAACCAAAAAGUAUUUUUUUAGGUAGCCAUGGUUUUAGUCCCUCCCCAUAAGUAUAUGGUUUCUCCCGACUUAGUUCAAAUGCAAAUAAUCACGCCAUGUUUUGACGACUCGGCAAAUUAUAUAUAUUUUUUGAGGGGUCAGUAGUGUUUUCCUAGGGUUGGUCCAGAACUGGGAAUAGAGAUAAUUAGGUUAGGCUGUAUUGAGCCAAAAUUGAUUGCGGCAGCUUCCCAUGUGACUUGGUAUUGUUGCUUGGCACAUUCAUGCAUGUUAAUUUUUUGUUUAUAAGGCAUUACAUUACACUUAUUCAUUCUUCACAUUCUUCAUUUAAAUUUUCACUUUCUGAAUCUGGAUGUACAGUAUUUUGAUGGAAGGUACACAAUUAUUUUUUACUUUUGCAACAAAUUUGUAAUGAGAUGCAGUAUACUGUACUUGAUGUCCAUCCCAAGAAAAUUGUACCAAAGAGUUAUUAGCCUUUAUGGUAGACAUGAGACUAAAUAGUUUGUCUUAACCAUAAUUGAGAUCAAACAUACCUUAAGUGUUUCAAAAACUAAUUGACCAAAUAGGUAUGUACUGUAUGUAAAUUUUUUGAAUACUUCGUUAGAUGAGAACUAUAUUGGAUAUUAAUUUGAACUUUAAGGAACCUGUUGGGCACAAUGAGGUGUUCAUGGCUCGAUCACUCAUUAAACGUACGACUGAA